AAAAAAGUGAUGGUUCGAUAGGAAGCUCCAGGAUUUUCCCAAAAAAGUCAUCCUUUUCCAUACGUCGUGUAAGCCAAAAAGCGUUGUGCAAGUGAGAUAGUUUUCGUCGGGAAAUGGCCUUGCUGCGGUGGAUUUGCGGCGGGGUGCUGAAUCGCAGCGGUAUUGUGUCCAAGCUCGCAUACCCUGGCCUGGUCGGCAGGUAUGGGAUCAAUCCGACACACUUAAGGCUUCUUUCAACGGCUGCAGGGGAAAGUAGGAAAGGUCUUGCCACUGGAAAAUGCACUCUCCUGCCAACCGGAAGUUGGCAGGAGUCCAACCAACAGCGACGAGGCUACAAAAACUUCGGCCAUCAGGACGAAAAGGAACCGCUGUACACGAAACUGUUUUCUAUUUUUCUCUGUACCAUGAUCGUGGGAUCUUGUUUGGAUUGGAAAAAGCUUGGAAAAGCUAUCGAUUGGCCAAAGGUAGACGCAGAUGCAGGAGUCGAGAUGGGAAAGAAGGACACCCCACAAGAAUUGGAUCACGAGGAGGAUGAUGAUUCGGAAAGUGACGUAGAUGCCCAGGGCAAAAAGAAGAAUCGUAAGGAAAAGAUCGGUUUUCGUGAUCGAAAGAUCAUCGAGUAUGAGAAUAGAUUGCGCACGUUUGCGACGGCUGACAAAGUGUUUCGGUAUUUUUCCACAAUCAAGCUGAUUCACGGGGAAUCGUCCACGGUCUAUAUGACACCGUACGACUUCCUGCGAGCAAUCACACCGGGAAUGAAACAGCCGGAGGGACUCGGACUGGAUCAGUACAAACGAUACGACGCCAAGAGUGUUUCGACCCGCUUGGAUUUGCAUCUGGACAGUGGCAGCAUCUUUUACAGGCUCGGGGCCUACGGAUUGAUUUCGUUCUCCGAUUACAUCUUCUUGUUGACCGUGCUGUCGACUUCCCGGCGGCAUUUUGAAAUUGCUUUCCGGAUGUUCGACUUGAACGGUGAUGGUGACGUGGACAGUGAGGAGUUUGAAAAGGUUGCUAAUUUAAUCCGCCAGCAAACCAGUAUCGGUAAUAGACACAGAGAUCACGCAAACACGGGCAACACGUUUAAAGGCGUUAACUCAGCACUGACGACCUACUUCUUUGGGCCGAAAAACGACGAGAAACUGACGAUCGAGAAGUUUCUCGAUUUUCAACAGCAGCUGCAGCGGGAGAUUUUAACACUCGAGUUUUUGCGCAAGAAUCCCGACGAAAAUGGCAACAUUAGCGAGGCGGACUUUGCGGAACUGUUGCUGGCUUACGCAGGCUAUCCGCAAAAGAAGAAAGUUAAGAAGAUCAAGCGUGUCAAGAAGCGGUUCCGCGAUCAUGGAUCCGGUAUCUCGAAGGAAGAUUAUCUGAACUUUUUCCACUUUCUCAACAACAUCAACGAUGUGGAUACUGCGCUGACGUUCUACCAUAUUGCCGGUGCCUCGAUUGAUCAGGAGACGCUGAAACACGUAGCCAGAACAGUGGCCCUAGUGGAGCUUUCUAGUCACGUGAUUGAUGUCGUUUUCACGAUCUUUGAUGAAAACAUGGAUGGGCAGCUAAGUAAUCGUGAGUUUGUAGCGGUAAUGAAGAACCGGCUUCUGCGUGGCCUAGAGAAACCGAAAGACACCGGUUUUGUUAAGCUGAUGCACUCGAUACUGAAGUGUGCCAAGGAUACGAAGCCUGUUUUGCUCGAUCUUUAAAUCCAUUUUCUCUCGAUGGGGGUGAUUGUUACGCUCAAAUCCGAAAAUUGCAAACGCUUAUCGGGCGAAAACGUGUCUCUAAACUAUCGUCUCUAAGUACACUCACUAUCUAAGCAUCAUGUAUAACCUGUAAGCAUCUAGUGAGUCUAAUGUUUAAGUAAGAACCGUGUAUAUGUUUUACGAACGGACGAAAUUCGAAAGAGAAUGAAGAAAAAAGAUCGUGUUACUUAUCGUUAAGUUUCUUAAACCUGUCGUACCUUUGUCCUUUGAGGAAAGUCAUUGCCUAUGCAUAUUCGUAGCCAUACCUAUCUCGCUCGCUUAGUUGGAAGCAUUAGGUAAAUCAACACUAAUGCGUUGUGUAUUUUUUUUAAGUUUAAAAAUUCACAAUUCAACUGUCCUAUAAUAAAAUUUUUCUAUCGUGUUAC